AUGCGGCAGGAUAAAUUGCGGUCUAGUAUUUUCGCGACAUCUUCCUUAUUUCUCAUCCGAUCCGAUCUUUUUUUUAAAUGUGCGCCGUCUAUAGCUCUACAAAUCCCCAUAUUUCAUCUAAACAUCCAAAAUAAAUAUAGAUUUUCCAAAGAUGAAAAGCAAAGACCAUCAAAAGGUGGUACUUUCAAAGUACCAAAAGGUAAUACUCCGAAACAAAUUUAUCAUGAUUUAAACGGUGGGCUCGGUUUAAGAACAAUCAAAAGAUGGUAUCAAAUGAUCCGACGGUCAGGUACUAUCACAUUAUCAAAACUACCAGGUGGUCCUCGUUUGGCUUGA